AUGGCUGACAAGAAGGAAGGAGGGGAAGAUGACUACCGCGCGCAGGGGCGGAAGCGGAUGCUCUCCCCUGACCGCGCGGACGCGUUCGCGGACGACACGCCCGCGCCGGAGUUGCAGACUUACUCCGAUGUCAUGAUCGGCCAGCAGUUGGACAAGGAGAAGAAGGAGGUAUUAGAGAAGAUCCGAAAGCAGAAAGAGGAGGAGGCCACUGCGAAAGCAGAGGGCAAGGAAGAUGAGGCCGCCAAGAAGCGCCGACUGGAGCGGGCCAAAGCCGCGGCAGAGGAGAAAGAAGCAGCCAGAGGUAGCCAGGACGAUGCUGGCGGCGAUAGAUGGGCCACACCCAUCGGCGGCGGAGAGGUUGGAGAGACGCCCGUGGGCUCCGAAAAGAAGGAGAAGGGCAGCGAGUGGGAUGGCGCUGGCGAGGCCGGCGACGACUUUGGUGAGACGCCCGAUGCUGGCGAGUUCGGUGAGACUCCAUUGCCGGGCGGAGCCAAGAAGAAGCGAGCGCGAUGGGACUCCGCGCCCGAGAAGGACGAAGUCGGUGCUACGCCCACCGCAGACGUCACGCCUAGCGUCGAUGUCACGCCCAGCGUGGACGUCACGCCCAGCGCCUCCGAGCCCACCAUAGGUGCCACACCCUUUGCAGGGGGCAUUGGCAUGAUGACGCCUGGAGAUACGCCGCUUGGCACCCCGGGCAUGGCGAACCUGGGUACUCCAGUCGGGCUCACCCCGAACUUUGCGGCCAUGACGCCCGAGCAGAUCCAGGCUUACCGCUACGAUGCGGAGGUCAACGAGCGGAAUGCGCCCAUGUCGGAUGAGGAGCUGGAUGCAAUCUUCCCGCAGACCGGCUACGAGAUCGUCAGGCAAGAGGUUUACAUGGAUAGGUAG